GUCUCCCUUGGGUAACAACAACAACAACAAUAGUCGUGUCGUCGGUCGUCCUGGUGGUAAAACGAAAAGCAUUUACCCUUCUAGUCCUGCUAGUGGACAAGAGACCAGUCCAGGAAGCACCAAAGGGCGUUAUUUAGUAGCCCACAGUGGACACGGUGGUAGUCCCACGACGCAGUUCAGACGUGGAAUGCAGUCACCACGGGCUGCAGGCUUCUCUAAAGGGGCGCCUGCGAUAUACGUGACCAGUGUGGGGAACAACGAUGGAGCAUAUUACGACUCGAUUCCGGGAGGUCCUCCAGGUGGGUUAUCUUAAGGCCGCAAGAGAUCCAUCUUCGGAGGCAAUUUGGUCCCGUUUUCAAAGGGAAAAGGGGGCCCACGAAACUGCUGCAGAUGGAUUUCUCUUAGUUCUAAAUAUCACCAGUUCAUUGGGAGGAAGGAUUACGUGACUAUUCCAACUUCAGCAGCAAGAACACGGUGAAAUCGCUUAGCAAGACGAGCGAAAAGGCGAGAGGUCGGAUGCUGUUUUACUACAACGAUGAUGCGGUCGGGUCAACCUUCGAAGUUGGAUCAACAUUUGACGAUCAUGUGGUCAGAUCGCCAGAGGCGUUUAGUAUAGCUCAGUCGGCUCUCGAAGAUCUCUUAGCUCCUUCUGGCUUUGAACUAGAAGAAGAUGACGAAGUUUCCAAGCAAUUAGUACGUCGUGGCGUAGAUCAUGAACUAGUUUCUAGUGUUAUCCACAGUGCUACUAGUAGUAGAACAUCAAUUCUUCGCCGUGCUGGUACUAGUCAGAAUGCUGAACAAGGGAGCCACGACAAGGAGUACGACGACCCUUCAGCCUUGCUCAAGGAAGUUCGUUCCAUUUUGGAUAAGGUGCGCCAACGUUGGCUGGGGCUGAGAUCUUUGGGCGUGGAUGAGUUCUUGGUAGACUUGGCCGCGUCUGCCGACGGUGAAGAGCACUCAUCGUGGAAAGACGAAGUCCGCUCAAAGUUUCACGACAAGCUUAUCCGCCAACAGGAGAAGAUUAACCGGCUACUAGAAGCUGUGCGAAUCGAAAAGCAGAACACUGCUGGUGCAAAAGACGCCACUACACAGAGAAACAGCGAAAGAGAGCGCGAAAAGAGCAGGCUCGAGGAAAAGUGUAGUGGGCUCGAACAGCAGUGCGCCGAUCUGGAAAGCGAUGUCGUAGCAUUGGCUCUUAAGGGGCGUGUGAGUGCAAACAAGCAACAACGGCUUUCCAUAUCCGGGAGAAUGUUGCUACGAAAUUCGAGGCGUUCAGGAGUUUUAGGGCAGACGGAUGAGGAAACGACCGUCUCGGAAGAGCCAGACCCGGCUACGUCGCAGUCCGCGGACCAAGUGCGUGCGAUGUUGAUGCUAGAGGAUAGUCGCGAGCAAAUCUUGAGACUAGAACAACAGCUCGAGGAAGCUUUGCUGCACCGGUCUGAUAGAGGAGAGGAAGCUGCCCUGCUGCGGAGGGACCUGGUCCAGAAGCUACAGCAGCGAGAGGAAGUGAUCGCAAAACAGGCGGCAAAAAUUGAGCAGCAAGCUGCGCACAUAGCUGGGCAUGAGGAGGCUGUUAGAACGGAGCGAGAAAGCAUCAAGUUGGAGUUCGGGGCUCAACAAGCAGAUCUGCGAGAGCAACUAAAGGAGCAGGACAAGCGAGUGAAGGAAUUAGAGGAUACGUUGCAGAUGGAACAGGAGAAGGGACAGCUCGCAGAAGAACUUGCACAGAGUCGAGCCAGUCAGCAUGAACAGGAAAUGAGGGAAAAAGAUGAGCAGGUGAAGAUUUUUGUCUUUGAGUAGCCAUGAAGUGAAGUUUCUAUCACAUUCAUGAGACAAAUAAGGAGACAAAUGUAUAAGAGUAUGUUGUUUGUACAAUCAUUCAUUCUACUCAGAAGUAUGCGUAGCCAGCACUAGGCUGAAGCAUCCUUUCGUAUUUGUUUCUGUAUGCUAUCCUGAAGCAUCAUAGAACUCACUCAGGUCCAAACUUUGCUGACGAAGAAGCGUGACUUGAAGACAGUGAUCAAGACCAAGAAGGCAACGAUUGGCAAAUUAUCCGAGCUCACCCGAGCAUUGAUGUUAUGACGUGUUUGAUGUAUAAAACUCUAUCAUCCUCGUCCUCGAUGUUCUCCAUUUGUUAGGGGUACAUCAUCGUCAACGUGUGUCGUCAACUAUAGCGCUCUAAUUUUCGAUCGCCAGAGCGUCAGCGAUCGUGCUCCUAGUGUGGGUGGCUUGCCGUUGCCUCCGCCCCUUCCUAGUUGUACGGAGUUUCCGACAUCAUCCAAGCUUCUUUCGGUGGAAAAUGAGGAGGACCAGCAAGGCCAGGUGGGAAAUGAGGAGGAUGUAGAAGAGGAUAUAGUAAGUUAAUCACCAUUGCAUAGGAGGAUGUUGAACAACUAUUUGUUUAGGAUGUGUGAUUGUUGAACGCCAAUUCAAAGAAUCAUUGUUGAACACCGAUUUGCACCGAACAGCGAAUUAGGCUGUGGAUAGUACUGAUGACUGAUUAUUUCGAAGGAUGAUCAUGAUUGUUGAACUUCAAUUUCUAGGAUGAUACCUCCGAACGCCAACACUGAUUUCGAGAAUAUUCUGAUCUCGAUUAUAACUGCCGCAGAAGAAUGUCCUCUCC